GAAAAUUGAAGCCAUGAAGAAGCAGCAGCAGCUCUGGUUGUUUCCAUUCUCUCCAUUCGCUUCCUCUCCCUCCUUAUUCUCCUUCCUCUCCCCCUACUACUCUUCCUCCACCGCAGCCUCCGCCGCCAUUCCGGACGCCUUCGACUCUUCCUCCACCUCCUCCGAAACCGACGCCGGCCGCCUCCUUCCCCUCUCCUCGAUCUUACUCAAGGACCUCCUCCUCAAGAGUCCGCGUGGGCUCCUCGUCCUCGACCUCCUCGAUUCGGGCUCCCUCCGUCCCACCGCCGACCUCUACUCCCUCCUCUUUAAGCGAUGCGCCGACUCGAAGAGGAUCGAAGAGGGAAGGGUCGCCCAUUCCCACCUUCUUCGGUCCCGAUUCCACUCCGAUAUCUUCCUCCACAACUCGAUCGUCAAUAUGUACUGCAAAUGCGGAAGCUUGGACGAGGCGCGUAAAGCGUUCGAUGAUAUGCCCCUGAGGGACAUGGUCACCUGGACCGCCCUCAUCACGGGCUACGCCCAGAACAACAGGCCGAAUGAAGCGCUGGCGUUGCUUCCGGAGAUGCUUCGGCUUCGGAUGGCUCCGAAUGGGUUCACCUUCGCCAGCCUCUUCAAAGCCUGUGGAGCUGCUUCAGUUGAUAAGCAUGGGGAAGAGAUCCAUGCUCUGAGCGUGAAGUCUGGCUGCACCUCGGAUGUGUACGUGGGCAGCGCAAUACUAGACAUGUACGCUCGUCGUGGAAGGAUGAAAGAUGCCUGCUUGGUGUUCGACCGGUUGCAAUCAAAGAACGAGGUAUCAUGGAAUGCGUUGAUUGCAGGCUACGCGAGGAGAGAAGAAGGCGAAAUGACCAUGAGAAAGUUCUCAGAGAUGCAAAGGAGCUGUUUUAAGGCCACACAUUUCACCUAUUCGAGCAUCUUUAGCGCUUGCGCUGGUCUUGGUGCACUAGAGCAAGGAAAGUGGGUGCAUGCUCAUAUGAUAAAAUCUGGACAGAAGCUUACAGCUUUCGUCGGCAAUACACUUUUAGACAUGUAUGCAAAGUCGGGAAGCAUUCAAGAUGCGAAGAAAAUCUUCGAUCGACUGUCUAAGCGAGAUGUUGUUUCUUGGAAUUCAAUGCUUACUGGGUAUGCUCAGCAUGGGCUUGUCAAGGAAGCAAUCCACUGGUUUGAGGAGAUGCGUAGUCUUGGAGUCCAGCCAAAUCAAAUUACCUUCCUCUGCAUCCUUACUGCUUGCAGCCAUGGUGGAAUGGUGAGGGAAGGACAGUACUACUUCAACUUGAUGGUAAGAUGCAGCGUGGAACCGGAGAUUGAGCAUUAUGUAACAAUUGUUGAUCUUCUUGGCCGAGCUGGUCUUCUUGCUCGUGCACGGACAUUCAUUGAUGAAAUGCCCAUUCCAUCUACUGCUGCUGUUUGGGGAGCUUUGCUUGGUGCUUGUAGGAUGCACAAGAAUGCAGAGUUAGGGAAAUUUGCCGCUGAGAAGCUAUUUGAACUCGACCCGCAUGAUGCUGGUCCUCAUGUGUUGCUUUACAACCUCUAUGCGUGUACUGGUAGAUGGACUGAUGCAGCUGAAGUGAGGAAAAUGAUGAAAGUUGGUGGAGUUAAGAAGGAGCCUGCUUGUAGUUGGGUGGUGAUCGAAAACUCUACCCACAUGUUUGUAGCAAAUGAUGAUUCCCAUCCAAGAAUGAAGGAGAUAAAUGACAUGUGGGAGAAAAUUGAUGCAAAAAUCAAGGAAGUGGGAUAUGUUCCGGACACAAAUUAUGUGCUAUUACAUGUGGAUGAACAUGAACGGGAAGCAAAAUUGCAAUACCACAGUGAGAAACUUGCUCUUGCAUUUGCUCUACUCAACAAGCCCCCAGGGGCACCUAUUCUAAUUAUGAAAAACAUCAGGAUGUGCGGCGAUUGUCAUUCCGCAAUUAAGCAUGUCUCCAAGGUAAUGGAGAGGGAGAUCACUGUGAGGGACACCAAUCGGUUUCAUCAUUUCAGCAAAGGUUCUUGUUCAUGUAAUGACUACUGGUAAUAAGAAACUACUUGAGAGGAUAUCAUAUUGUUCCAUGGAACAGGCGCGCAAUAUCAUCUAGCUUAUGAAUUAUUUGAAGCUGUGCAUGAUUAGCCAAGAAAGAUGAUUGCCCAGAUUAUUUGAGCUAGCUUUCUGCUGCCUUUGUCAGGAUGCCUCACAGUUUUCCUUCCAUAUCCUAACGUUAUCUAGCAACUCUGAAGAAGGAAUACCAGUGAUUCCCUUGUCAAGAAGAGAAUGGAGCUCUUCAACCCAUAUGGCAAACUAGUCGGAAGUUUUACAAGGUGAUGUUUGAAGAGAGAGGCCUAUGCAAUGCACAAUGCUCUUUUGUGCUUCAUUUUUUGUGGAUGCUGCCUCCGGCUGUUCUCAGUUUAGCUGAUUGCUCCGGAUCAUCAUCUUUGUUGGUUUCAUAAUGAGGUCAGGUUUUGAUAUGUUGUUCUUAGCAAUUCCUUAUUUCAAUUCUAAGGGU